AUGGUCAUGCUGGACUUCGGCGCUAUGGUUGCCCAGCACCAGCUGCGCAACGGGCAGUUCUUUGCCUUUGAACACCCGGCGGGGGCUACCAGCUGGUCGCAGCCAAGCCUUCAGGCUUUGGCAAAUGAUCCAAGAUGCUUUUCGGUGGACUUCGACCAAUGCCAGGUGUGUCUCCGAUGCCCAAAAACUGGGAAGCUGAUCAAAAAGAGAACACGCCUUCUGAGCAAUGCACCUUUGAUCAAGGACAUCUUCGCGCCGCUCCAGUGCAAGUGCACAAGUCCGCAUGCCCACAUCGAGGGAAGCGUGAAUGGCAUGAGCCUCUCUGUCUUCUGCCAGCACUACCCCGCAGAGUUCUGUGAGAAACUGGCCGAGGCAGUUCAGCUCACGGUGAGGCGUGUUGAGCGCUGA